UCGGAAGAAACGGAAGUCAUUCUCUCUCUUGUUCCUCGAUCGUCCCAGAACACAGCAAAAUGGCAGAAGUUCUUCUAACAACUCAGGAUUCUUUCAGCUGUCCGAUCUGUCUGGAUCUACUGAAGGAUCCAGUGGCUAUUCCCUGUGGACACAAUUUUUGUCUGGGUUGUAUUAAGGACUGCUGGGAUCAGGAUGAUCAGAAAGGGGUCUACAGCUGCCCUCAGUGCAGACACACCUUCACUCCAAGGCCUGUUCUCAACAAGAACAGUCUCAUUGCUGAAAUGGUGGAUAAACUAAAAAAGACGAGGCUCCAAGCUGCUCCUCCUGCUGCUGCUUCUCCUGCUGGAUCUGGAGGUGUGGAGUGUGACGUCUGCACUGGAACAAAUCACACAGCUGUUAAGUCCUGUCUGGUGUGUCUGGCCUCCUUUUGUGAAGCUCAUAUUCAGCCUCAUUAUGAAUCUCCUGCAUUUAAGAAGCACAAGCUGGUUGAAGCCUCCAUGAACCUGCAGAAGAAGAUCUGCUCUCUUCAUGAUAAACUACUGGAGGUUUUCUGUCGCACUGAUCAGCAGUGUAUAUGUCUUCUAUGUAUGAUAGAUAAACACAGUGGUCAUAAAACAGUCUCAGCUGCAGCAGAAAGAGUUGAGAAACAGAAUCAGUUGGGCCAAAACCGAGAAACCUGCAAAAAGACAAUUCAGCAGAAAGAGAAGGAUGUUCAGGAGUUAAAAAAGGUCAUGGUGAAAGUCAGGCGCUCUGCACAGGCAGCAGUGGAGGACAGUGAGAAGAUCUUUACUGAACUGAUUCAGUCCAUGGAGAGAAGACGCUCUGAGGUGAAAGAGCUGAUCAGAGCUCAGGAGAAGACUGAACUGAGUCUGGCUGAAGAUCUCCUGAAGAAACUGGAGCAGGAGAUUGCUGAUCUGAGGAGGAGAGACGCUGAUCUGAAGCAGCUUUCUUACACUGAGGAUCCCAUCCAGUUCCUCCAGGAUUUCCAGUCACUUCCUGUCCUUCCUCAAUCUACUAACCUAUCCAACAUCAAUAUGAACCCCCAGUUCUCUACUGACAUUGUGAAGAAAAUGGUCUCAGAAAUGGAGCAGCUGAAUGGUUUUAAUGAGCUUGAGCUAGUACAAAUAUCUGAAGUUCACACACUCCGUUUUGCUGAACCAAAGACCAGAGAGGAAUUCCUGAAAUAUGCCUGUAAGCUCACACUAAAUCCCUAUAUGGUACAUGGAAAUCUUCCACUGUCUGAGCAGAACAAGAAAGUGAAUCUGAAUCAACAGAGGAAUGGAAAUGCAUAUUUCUAUCCAAAUAACUGGUGUCAGGUCCUAUGUUCUGAGCGUUUAUCUGGACGCUGCUACUGGGAAGUUGAGAUAAGUGGGAAUGUUUUGAUAGCUGUGUCAUAUAAAGACAACAGUUUGGAAGGGAAAGUAAUUCAAAAUGAGUUUGGGUCCAACAAUCAGUCUUGGAGUCUGGAAUGUGUAAAUUCCACAUUUUGUUUCAGACAAUGUGGAAACAGGACUGGUCUUAAUGUACACCCAUGCCCCUCCAGAAUAGGAGUGUAUGUGGAUCACAGUGCAGGAAUUCUGUCCUUCUACAGCGUCUCUGACACAUUGACCCUCCUCCACAGAGUCCACACCACCUUCACUCAGCCCCUCUAUGCUGGAUUUGGGAUGAAGUCUAAGGCAAGUUCUGUAAAAAUUAUCUUUUAGUUUGAGUAGGUUUUAACUUAUGGGAUAUCUGUUUGAGAGCUUUUUUUCUGCUCUACAAAAAAAGAUAUGUUUUACCAAAAAAUGUAUUUGAUAAAUGUAUCAUUUAACAACCAAAUAAUGCAGUAAAUAUUAGUAGCCUUGUCUCAUAUAUUGACUGUACUAGAGAGCAAACUUGUUUUAAACUUUAACAGAUACUAAAUCAAACAAUACACUAAAAAAAUUAUGGAUUUUCUGCGACAUUCUGAUUUUGUAUAAAGAACUAUUUUAAAAAGCUUUUAAAUUACACAGGUAAAUAUUUUACAAUAUUUUUAGAACCCUUUCUGUUAGACAUUAUCAGAAACAUAUUUUUAGUAGAGAUUGUUUUUGUUGGUAAAACAGCAGCAAACAGACAGUGAAGGAUGUAUUGUGUGAGACAUGAGGACCUUUUGUAAAUUCCAAAGCACAGUGUAAUGAAUAUACAGCUUUGGAAAAAAAUAAGAUACCACUUCAGUUUCAUGUAUCUUGGCAUGUUCUCCUUCACCAGUCUUAGAUACUGCUUUUGGAUAACUUUAUGCAAUGUUUAGCUUGGUUUGAUGGCUUGUGAUCAUUCAUCUUGUUCAAUUUGGUAAAAUCAAAGAAAUUCAUUAUUUUUGAGUGGUCUCUUAUUUUUCUUCCAGAGUUGAUAUUUGCUGCAUGUUCACAGACCUGCUGUAAGAUUAAAUAAAGUGUACUUUUCACUGACUAUUUUGCGUAUUUGCAGAUAUGUUUUUUGUUUUUAAUACUGUGUAUAUGUUGA